AUGCCUCUCGCUCCUUUUGCCGUGGAACAAUGGAUGGAUGAGAACGAGACGAAGGCAAAAUUCAAUAUUGCCGAGACGUGCUGUGCUUCCAUAUCCGUCAACGAUCUGGUCAAGCUGAGCGAUAGAAAAGAUAUCCAGGCCGCGGAUCUCAUCGAUCUUUCUGCGCCUCAAGACUACGGAGAGAUCAGAGGAAGUACGGAGCUAAGGAACAACCUUAGCCGACUUUACUCGACGAAAGUGGGAACGCCUCUCAGCGCUGAACAAGUGCUCAUCACACCAGGAGCGAUCGCGGCCAACCACCUCGUACUGUACUCGCUCCUCAGAUCAGGGGAUCAUGUGGUAUGCCAUUACCCUACAUAUCAGCAGCUCUACUCUCUCCCGGAAUCUCUUGGAGCCAAAGUGGACUUGUGGAAGUCUGAUCCGAACAAUGCCUGGGCGCCAGACCUUGAGGACUUGAAAGCAUUGGUGAAAGAGAACACGAAGCUGAUCAUCCUCAACAAUCCGCAAAACCCAACAGGAGCGGUGCUGAAGAAGUCACUAUUGCACGAUCUGAUAGAAUUCGCCGAGGCCAAGAACAUCACCAUUCUCUCAGAUGAGGUCUAUCGGCCUCUCUUCCACGGCAUCACACCCAUGUCCAACGACUUCCCGCCUUCGAUCAUGUCGCUAGGCUACAAGAAUACCAUUGUCACCGGCAGUCUGUCAAAGGCCUACUCGCUCGCUGGUCUACGAACGGGAUGGAUCGCAAGCAGAAAUCCGGAUAUCAUCGAGAAAUGUGCCCAGACGCGAGAUUAUACCACCAUCUCGGUGUCCAAGAUCGACCAGAAGAUCGCUGCCUUUGCUCUGUCGCCCGACACGAUACAUACGCUGCUCGCGAGGAACAUCCAGCUCGCCAAAGCCAACCUCGAACUGUUGGAGCGGUGGGUCAUCAAACACGAUGAGUUUUGCUCGUGGACGAAGCCAGUCGCUGGAACGACAGCAUUCAUCAAAUUUGAGCGCGAUGGCAAGCGUAUCGAUGCCGUGGCGUUCUGCAACCAGGUCAUGGAGCAGACGGGCGUCAUGGUGCUGCCAGGUGAUUGCUUUGGCGAAGACUUCAAAGGAUAUGUGCGUUUCGGAUACGUCAACAAGACGGAGAUCUUGAAAGCAGCAUUGGAGGAGCUGCGAAAGUUCAUGCGCAAAGAGUUUGAUGAUGUGCCGCUCUGCGAGUAA